AACGUGAGCAGGGACAGUUUUUAAAAUUAAUAAAGAAGAUUUAUUAAUCCCGCGUGUUUGAAGGAAUAUCUCCUCGCGUCCUCGCACUGGAAUUAGCCGCCUAACAGCGAGGUCAAUGAGGAUGCCUAGUGUGAAGUAUCAGAGAGGGGACAAGGUGAUGGGCCGCUGGCCUGGUAGCAGCCUGUACUAUGAGGUGAAGGUCCUAGGGUUUGACAUCUCAAGUCAGCUCUACACUGUCAUCUACAAGGACGGCACAGAGCUGGAGCUCAAGGAGCCAGACAUCAAGAACUUUUCUGGCUUCCAGUCUCGCCCCCGCUCCCGCUCUCGUUCUCGAUCACCAGGCCGUCGUCGCAGCCGCUCCCGCUCCCCAGGAAGGACCACACGACGCUCAUCGUCUCGCACAGCUGCUGUCGCUGCUGCAGCGGUAACUGAGAGUUCGCUGUCCUCCAAUAAGGACACAAAGUUGGAAGUCAGGCUGGAUCCGCUGCAAGAGACAAUGGCUGCUGAGAACAAUAGCAACAAUAAACAUGAGGAGAAUAACACGGCUAACAAAGUAAAUGAGAAGGCCGAGGCCGAGGUGGAGUCUGAGAAGAACCAGGGCCGUUACAAUCUGCGCCGCAGGAAAGACGACGGAGGAGCUAAACCAGCCGCAGUCGUAGCAGAGCAGCAGGAGAAGGAGGUCAUCAAGGAGGCUGCACCUCCUGCUGCCACCCUCGCCACCCCACUGGACUUUGGAGGAAAGAUAGGAGCAUAUUUGUGGCUGCUCUUUCUGCCGUCCUGGGUUCUCUUCUUGGUGUUCCAAGUUAACCUGGAGGACCCCAGCUUGCUCAACUUCCCCCCACCUCUGCCCCCUCUUGAAGCAUUUUGGGAUGUCCGGGCCCUUGGCUUUGUAAUCCUCUGGAUCCUUUUCCAGGCCCUGCUCUACGUCCUACCUGUUGGAAAGCUGAGCGAGGGAAUGCCACUGAGGUCUGGGGAGAGGCUGAAGUACAGAACCAAUGGUUUCUUUGCCAUCAUGGUGAGUGCCGUAGCCGUGGCAGUAGCUGUGCACCAGGGUGUUGACCUCACCUACAUCCACAGCCACUUCCUGCAGCUCGCUGUGGCUUCAUUCCUGAUCUCCGUCCUGCUCAGUGUCUAUCUGUAUGCCCGCUCACGCUACGCUGCCCCCGAGCAGCUGGCACUGGGGGGAAACUCUGGCAAUGUAGUUUAUGACUUUUUCAAAGGACAUGAGCUCAACCCUCGCAUUAAAGACUUUGAUCUGAAAUUCUUCUGUGAGAUGCGUCCUGGACUGAUCGGUUGGUGCUUGAUCAACUUUGCACUGGCUCUGGCUGAGAUGAAGCUGCACCAUCUUGAUGCUCCAUCAUACAGCAUGAUCCUCGUCAAUGUCUUCAUGCUGCUCUAUGUGGUGGACGGCCUCUGGAAUGAGGAGGCCAUCCUGACCACCAUGGACUUGAUGCAUGAUGGCUUUGGCUUCAUGUUGGCUUUUGGGGAUCUGGUGUGGGUUCCCUUUACUUACACCCUGCAGGCUUAUUACCUGGUCAGCCACCCCAACUCACUGAGCCUCCCAGCAGUUGGAGCCAUCAUCACACUCAAACUCCUUGGCUUCUACAUCUUCAGGAAAUCCAACUCUGAGAAGAACGCCUUCAGGAGAGACCCAUCAGACCCCCAACUGUCCCAUCUGAAAACGAUCCCCACAGCGACAGGGAAGAGUCUCCUGGUCUCUGGAUGGUGGGGUGUGGUGCGUCACCCGAACUACCUGGGAGACCUGAUGAUGGCUCUGGCCUGGUCCCUGCCAUGUGGCUUCAGCCACCUCCUGCCGUGGUACUACAUGAUCUACUUCAUCAUACUGCUGGUGCAUCGAGACUCCCGUGACAUGAGAGACUGCAGGAGGAAGUACGGCUCAGCGUGGGACGAGUACUGCCGGACUGUUCGCUACCGGAUCAUUCCCCGUGUCUACUGAGGAGCCUGAAGCUGGACAGUCGAGCCGAGGCCUUUCUUUAAACCAAUAUCUGAAGGCUCGCCAAAAAAAAUUCCAAAUAUGAAUGAACUAAUUGACUUUUUAGAAUUUUUUUUUUUUUUUUUUUUUAAACAAAGAAUUUUUCUUAAUCUUUCUGGACUGAGAAGGCCACAGUACAUUAAAGUUUUACGUGGAAGAAAAAUACUCAUUGGUUGUAUGAACUGUUUGAAGAAGUUCCUUUCUUAAUAGAAAAUACCUAAAAAAUAUAUAUUGCUUUAAAAUCUCGCAAACUGGUGGGGAAAAACAAAACGCCUCUGCUAGGAAUGUAUUGUUAGGAUGUAUAUAUUUGUAUAUACACUGUUGUUUUAAUACUUGGGAGAAUAACACACCACCUGCAUACUUAUACUGGUAAGUUUUACACUUUGUUCUGAUAUUCAAAAUGACAGCAUCAUCUUUGUUUUUAUGAAUAAUGUUGUAUACCCUCCUAUAAUUUUACAGCUUGUGUAUAGUGUCAUGGGUGUUAUUGAAAAUGCAUCCUUUUUUUAUUAUCUGUAAAUUGGAUCCAGUGACUAUAUAUAAAGACGGACGACUUGUCGCCACUUCCUCCCACGCUGUAAAAAUGAAGACAAAAUAGUAUAGCAACUAUUAGCAGUGAUCAGAAAGCAUCAAAUGACCAUUUAAAACAAAACAUCAGAAACACCAGUGUGACAGAAACAUCUUUGAGGAAACUUUAUUUGACGUGUGCUUUCUUUUUAAUUUAGUCCAUUUUACAUUUGCCAAUGUGGAGGUUUAUGACACGUAAUGUAGCUAGCCACUAGAGGGCGCCCCAGGUGCACACGGCUUCACUUUUUGAGGAGCUGUCACGUCGGCCAUCUUUGUAUACAGUCACUGGUUGGAACUAGAAUCAUAUUUCUCAGGACCCAGAACUUGUUUAAGAAAGUUGAACUAGGAAAGUUUUGUCAUGAUCAUUUUGUUGUGAAUAGUUUUAUCGAGUAGCUUUGACUCCAGAGUGUAAAAUGUUUAAAUGAUGAGGUCUCAAGAAAAAAAUGCACUAAUUUGUGAGGCAUUGUUUUUCUUUUUUAUCAGUGCUUCCAAAGUGAAUUUGAUUUGGGCUUUGCUACCUCAGGUUCCCUCAGUGUCCAGCUCUCCCUCAUCUGUCCUCUUUGGGGCAGUGUGUGUAAUUAAGAGUGUGACAUAUCUGCUGAACAGAGGAAAAAUAUCACAGAUGUGUCACGCUUUCAUUACGAAAUUCCAAACUGCUUUUAUUUUGUCUCCAUUACUUCCUGCGUUUGUGUAGCAUUGAUGAACAUCUGUAUUUCUGUCCUGCUAGUUUCUGGAGCUUAAUGAACUGGUCGACUUCCAACCACUGUCACGUGAAUUUGGUUUUGACCCGUUUCAGCUCUAACUAGCUAGGCCAUAUUUAGACUGUGACAAUAUGCAGUGCUGUGAACUGUUAACAUUAUAACCUGUGCAUGUGCAAACCCAAAAAAAAGUAUUUUUAAGCCUGUGCAGCUGUAGAUACACAAGUAGCAAUUUCUGAACUAUGCUUAGGUAGUAUUUUUUUUAUGCUGUGCUGACUGAAUUCCCUGUAAAUAUACAUUUCUAAACCAUGUUAUUUUGAGUCAAAGAAUUGAAAGUAGUGAUGUUUCUCAGUAGAUAUUUAAUGUUGCUUUCUUUUUUUAAGUUAACUUUCAAUUUGACCACUAUAGUUAUGUUGACACAUAGAUUUGCCAAGUUUCUGGGCAUUUCACCAAAAUGCAUUUACAAAAAAAACAAAUUGUUUAAUGGUCAACACCUUCCUGGCCAGAGUAAAAAGAGUUGAAUACUUCAGAUGCCACCACGCUCUAGAGCCCAGGACACAUUAUGGUGAUUGUCUUCUUCAUGUUAUGGAGGUAAAGCUACUCUCUCUGGUUUGGUCUGAGUAGAGACCAGGAUGUAUUGUAAUAUUUGACACUAGUGAAUGAGAAGUGAAGCUCAGUGAAGAUUAAUCUAAACGCCCACCUGUACAAAUGUUGCAGCAUAAAAUAAAGAUUUACAGUAUUUUC